AUGGCGGAUAUCGUUUAUCUAGCUCCAGAAUAUUUACCGCCGUUUCCAUAUUUUACAACCGCCUAUAAAACUGCCGAUAGCUCUUCAUUUUUUGCAUCUGAUUCGAGUUCUUUCUCAUCGGAUUCUAGUUCUAUAGAAUCUGCUCGGGAAAGUUCUUUUAGUGAUUUUGAAAAAUUAAAUGAUGUUGAUGCUUCGCCAAAAGACUCUAGUUCUGUUGAAAGUGCUCCGCAAAGUUUUACUAGUGAUUUUGAAAAAUUAAUUGAUGUUGAUGCUCCGGCACUGGAUACUUCUGGCAUCGAUUCAUCUAGUCCCGACAAUUCAAUUAGUUUUUCCACCAAAAUGAAUGGCAACUCCAAUGAAAGUUCUGAAGCCAUUUCCGGAGCCGAGGAUACCAGUUUUUCUAUUUCUGAUAUUAUACCUGAGCCAGGUUCAUUUUUAGCCAGUUUGUCAAGAGGAGGAUCGUCCUCUGCAGAUUCUACAAGCAGCAUUGUCUCAAGUUCGUUUGAUCAGGAAGCUUCAACGUCAUCUGACGAUGAAAACACUGCAUCAACGACCUCCGAACAAGUUAAUGGUUCAAUAGCUUCCUCAUCUGAAGAUACUGGUUUCUCGACUUCAGCAAUUUUCUCGAAUUCUGAUUCAUUAGAUACAGAUUCAUCGGUUGCAGAAAAUAUAUCCACAUCGUCUAUAAGCUCAUCGGAACAGGAAGCUACCAAAACAUUUGUUACAGAACAAGCAUCUUCGGAAGCCGUAACAUCAUCUGCUACAACCGCUAACAAAAAUUCCGCAAAUUCGGAUAACUUAUCGGAGUUUUCGAGCAGAUUUACUGAUUCAAAUAUCUCACAGUCCGCAACCAUAUCAACUGGAUCAUCUUCCUCUUCCAUAUCGGCAAGUUCAAGUGAUUCUGGAUUACGGGAUUCGGCUCCAUCUAUAACGGUAUCCAGUAAUUCCGACAAUAUUGGCACGGUAUAUGCUGCUGGUGGCGGUUAUAUUUAUUAA